AUGCGACUCUCCUUUCUGCCUCCGGCCUUCAUGGCCUUUCUGGCUCUCCUCGUGGUGGUCGAGGCCAAUGAAGCCCUUGAUGUCCGCGCUACUUCCAAGCGACCGUCGAUCGUGUCCGGCAACCGCAAGAGCCACCCGCAAAAGAUGAUGGCCACGACCUGCUCGCGAUUCCGCGAUGCCUGCGUCAAGGCUGCUCUCGCUGGGAAAAGUACCGGCAAGCACGCCAUCGUCUACGAUUGCUACAAAAAGGCGCCCAAGAAUACGCAGUACCACUUCAACUGCCACAUUGGGCGCAAGGACUACACCCAAAAGGCCUUGCGCAAAUUCUCGGGCGGCACGACCUCGACGAGCUACACUGCUGUAUCGACCACGACGAAGACCGUUUCGACAGAGACGGACCUGACGUCGACGACUGCGACUUUCUCCAGCACGCAGACGGACACAGAGACGGCCACAACGACUGACGAGUUUAACACGACGACGACGACGACUGUUGAUGAAACUGCCACGGUGCCCGAGACGACGGUUGAGAGUACUACAGAGCAAAUAUCGCCAAUCGCCAGCUUCACCAUCACCGAGACGUCGACGCUGUCGGUGCCCACUACGAUUGUGCUGACUAACACGGUGACGACGACGUCAACCUCGACGUCCUAUUCCAGUGUUGGUGACAUCUUCCCCGUCAUCGACUAUCAAAUCGCGACGACGAGCCCGGCGCGCCGAGCAUCUCGUCUUGACGGCAGCAGCUUCUGCAAGGCCUACUCAAGCGCUUGCAGCCGUCAAUGCGCUCGCGUCAACUCUACGCCCAAGCACCAGGUGUGCCAGCAGAAGUCCGGCGGCCGCGUCUCGCUUUCGUGCGUGUGCAAGAACAAAACGCUCGAGACACAACACGCCCUGGCCGAUAUUGGUGAUGACCAGCACGUCUCGGUCGUCUCGACGAUUGCCACUUCGUCUGCUACGGCUACCGUCACAAGCACCGUGGUCAUUCCCACGACCGUCGUUGCCACCGAGACGACGACUUCUACGUCGCAUGUUCCCGUCACGUCGACAGUUGUCUCCACCGUCACGAGCACCGGCACUGUCACGGCCACGUCCACAAGCAGCACGACUUCAACGGCCUCGGAGACUGCCACUGUCACUGUGCCCGUCGAGACCACGACGGUAACCGAGACGGCGACGGCGGUUGCUUCGACAAUCGUGGUGAUUGCUCCGACAGGUGUGGUGAAGGCGACCUACACCAACGGAGAGCAGCCUCGCUACGUCUCCCGACAAGAUACGACGAACCGCGGUCUCAACACACUUGUCCUGGACAGUGCCCAAGCUGAGCCCGUCAUGAUGGUCUACGAUGCGCCCACGAACACGUAUGCGCUGCAGUACGUCACUGGUGGCCUCUACCUCUCUUGCGAAGUUGGAACGACAAUGACCACGGGCACCUACGGCUUCUUCGUAUCCGCCGCCGGUCGUGAUGCGGGUCCUUCUGGCGGAGCCGGACCGUGGCAAGGUCGCCCCUACGAGAGCUACUGCUUCUCCGUCGCGGCCAACUCGAUCACGCAGGCCACCAUUCCGAUCCAGGCCGUCUGGAUUCAGCCCGACGGCACUAAGUUCAAUCCCGUCUACAUUUCUGACAAUUACGAGGACCCCAACCGGUACAUCAUCGUGGCCGGUAUGGAUGGCCAAUUUGGUACGGACUUGCCGACGGUCACCAUGGCCCUGAUCCCGCAGGCUUGAAGGCACGCAUCUUCUAUCGCUCCACAUCACUAGUCACUAUCCUGUCUUCACAUGUCCAUCUCUCGCAACCGCAGAUUAAUCGAUCGCUUGCCCAUUUUACCGUUUCGCUCCUUCGAUGUCUGUGUCUGUAAGGAGGUAAACAUAUAACCGUGAUCCUACUCGUACUCGACGUCAAGGCGACUAAAAGGACCUUUGGUGGUGUGUCUUUUUAGCCUUGAUUGUGCGGCGACUGAAGAUGUCGGGG